CACAUUUAUUUGUAUAUUCGCCAAAUUUUAACAACCAAUUUUAUGCAUAAUGCUAUAAAUUAUUGUAAAAAAAAAAAAACACAAUUGAAAACUUUCUUUACCAUUUCUUAUAUUUAUAUGAUAUAUGACAAAUAUUGUUAAUGUAAGUAGACACAGCACAGGCUGAAUAGGCCAAAUCAAAACAGCUUUUAUUUUAUGAAUUUGAGUUUGAGCAAUAUAGGGGGCUUAUAUUUAUAUGGGUUAUUUGAAUUUGGUGGGUAGUAGUAGCCCAUACUAAUGAAUUUAUUAUACAGCCUUUAAGGGUUUAAGGGGAUCUGUUCUAGGCAAUUGUUUUACCCCAACUACUUUGCAAGAUAUUUACAAACUAUAGGCCUAUAGAAUAUGAUACUCUGACAUCAUAGACAUGAGUCAUGUCAUGAGUGGUGUGGGGCUUAUCUAAAUCACGGUAACAAGAUAUGACAAGGCAUAUUAUUUUUAAUUGAUACUAGUUAGAGCUUAUUUAGCUUUAUAACAUUUGAAAUGGAUACCAUUUCAUUUUAUUUUGUAAAUCGAAGUGUCUACAUGUCCAGCUCGCAUGUCACAUGACCGCCGGACGACAAGAGGGAGAAAUUCUUCUGACGACUAGUGAAAGAUAUUAUUUGGUGGUAGACAUGUCAUGUAACAAGUGGUCGCCGGCAAAAUAGUUGCAUUGCAUUUGAUAUUCCAAUAUUGUGUACAUAUAUUAGUCAGCUGAUGCCUAGAUAAUAAAUAAAUGCUGAACAUGGUAAUAUAUUCCGAUGCUCUGAGAUACAUUAAGUGUUUGACUUUGAAUAUUAAACUAGUGGGCCUAUAUACUAACUAGUAGUACUAUUACUAUUCUACUUGAUUCUGACUCUUCUAAGAAAAAGUCCCUUAUCUUGAUUAAACAUCUUGUAAAGAUCUAGCUUGAAGCCUAAAUUCAAAAUAUGAAUCAAAUAAAAUUAGACCAAUAGACUUCAAUAGACUUAUGUCAAUAAAGUUGUAUUACAGGAUUAGUAUUUAGUAUUGCAUGAGAAGUAGGCUAGGCUACCACUAUAUCGGCCCUACAUUAAGAUGUAGGGCAUAUUUCUUUGUGAACUAUCGGCCUUCCCAAAAGAAACAUAAUUAUUUAUCACCCUCACUAUUAUUUUUUUAGCAUUCUUAUUUUUUAUCACCUUAAUUAUCUCUCCCUCUCAGCAUUGCUUCCUUUUAGAAUGUAUUAUUGCUUAUCCCCCACUUUGUUUUGAUUAAUAUACCCAAGUAUUUUUUCUAUUAUUUGUUUGCAAGAUACUUAGUAAAUUUCAUGGUAGAGAAAUAGAUUUUAAAAUGAACAAUAGUUAUGAACUAAAACUAAGACCAUCAGUGAACGCUCCUUCUGCUUCCAUGGGCCCACGUUCUGGAACCAGCUCCCCUUCCAUAUACGUCAUAGUGAAACCUCGUCCAUUUUCAAAAAGUCCCUUAAAACUCAUCUGUUUAGGUCCGCCUAUGACCUGUGAUGCACCCUCCUUGCCCUACCUAAUUUUCUGUUUCGGUUUAAUCCUGAAGUGUCAAAGUGUCCUCUUUUUAUAGCCAGAAUAGUAGUUACUAUCCUAGUGUCUCAUUUGUAUUUACUUAGUUUACAUGUUUUAAUAAUUGUAAAGCGCUUAGAGCUUUAUGAUAAGCGCUAUAUAAAAAUGCCUAAAUAAAUAAAUAAAUAAAUAAAUGAAUCAUUGUGGUCACGAGACAAGGCUGACGGACAAAUAUCUUGAGCCACUUUGUUACGGCGGUCAUGUGACUUGGUAGCCGGACGAGUAUCUCGAUAAAGUAUUCUUCCAGUGGUCAUGUGACUUGGUUGCCGAACAGAUAGUGCGGGAGAUAUACGUCCGACGCGCCGAACAUAUGGACACUGCCUUUAUAAAUUUAAGCAAUGAAUGAAUCAUUGAUAUAGCCUAAAAAUACUUUUUCCCCUUAUUUAUCUAUGUUCAGCUUUGGAAUGAAUAGCAUUAUUUUUGUGUCAAGAUCUAUAAAUUAAUGUCCUUAAAAUAAUUAAUUAAUAAUCUAAUAACAGAAUUCAUUAAUUAUAAAUUGUUUUUUAUUCUUUUUAUUUUAGGUAUGAAAUACUUCUAAAGCUUUAGCACAUAUGUAAGAACUACAACAUGCAACUUUACUAAAAAAAAUAACAAGUAGGAUCAGUUAUUAUUAAGAAUGGAUAAAUAAGGCUCUACCUACUAGUGUCAAGAGAGAAUAUUUCUAAUUUGUGAUAUUCAUCAAAGAAUGAGUAAACUAAAUGGUCUACAACAUAAAAGAGGGAAAGAGAAAGUUAAAAAGUACAAACGGAGACCUGAUGCUUUCACUGUUCAUGUGACUGUUGAGCCUACUGAGGAGAAAUUCAAACUAAAUGAUGUCUACAAUGAUAUGACUGUAGCACAGCUCAAGGAUGAAGUAGAAAUAGCUACUGGAAUUCCUGUUUCCUUACAAAGAUUAAGUUAUCUGGAUGAAGGUGUGUUUAAAAAAAAUAAAUAUAUAUAUAUAUAUAUAUUAUAUCCUGUGUGUAUGUAUCCCCGGUAUAUAUAAAUAUAUAGACAUAGUAUACGAUUUUUAGACCUCUUUUAGGCUCAUGCUCCUUCAUGAUUUCUUAGUUAGCCAUAUAAUUUUAUUUUUUUAAAUCCAGGAGAGUUGCCAGAUCAGUCAGAUGUACGCAGCAAUGAUUUUGUGCCUGGUUGCACUGUGAAGCUCAAAGUAUGGCCCAUGUACAGAGAACUGGUUGAGGCAGUUGUGGCCAAUGAUGUUGAAUGGGUCAGUCUUAAAUAAGACUUUGAAAAGUACAUGUUCUUGUUAUAAUUACUUAUACUUAUGUGAUAUUCUCAAGAGAGUUAGGAAGUUUAGACUGAAUAAACUUCAAUUCACGUUCAAUGAACUUGAAUUUGUGUUUCUCUCUUUUAUCCAUAAACAUUUACUAAACCAGAAUCAGAUUAGUUUCUCAUUGAAGCUCACUAUCACCCAACAGGUUUUUAAACUAGGAGUGACUGAUCCUUCCGACUAUCACACACCAGCUAGUGACUACAUGACAAAGAAGUCAAGAAAGGCAUGGCUAGAAGAGAGAGCUUUCGUUGCACUUUGUCUUGCAGCACAUAGGGGAUAUGAGGAAAUAGCAAUCAAACUAAUUGAAACUGGUAAGAGUAAAAAAGAUAUUGUUGUUUCAUUUUUUUUAGUGCUUAGUAAAUAGCCUGAAAUUAUAAGAAAAGGAAGGAAACUGGUAUUUCUUCCUUAUUUUACAAUUCGUGUUUGUAUAACAAUUAGUCCAUGAAAUGUGUUGUUUCUUUCAUUAACAGGGGCCAAAGUCAAUAUGCAAACACCAACAGGGAAGACACCUUUACACUUGGCAUCUGCAAAAGGAAAUGGAGAGAUUAUUAAUACAUUGUUGAGUCAUGGUAAUCCAUAAAGCUAUUUUAGCUAUUUUUUUAGUACUUUCUGUGAUGUAUGUUUUUAUUGUGUAUCAUAUGAUAAAAAUCUACCUUUGCAUCUCUAUCCAUCGAUCCCUGUGGCACUACAGCCCAUUAAGGGCUUUGGCCUGCAUCACCACAUCCUGCCACUCAGACCAUCUGUCCAUCCCUGUGGCACUACAGCCCAUGAAGGGCUUUGGCCUGCAUCACCACAUCCUGCCACUCAGACCUAACUGAUGCUUUUCUUUUCCAUGCUUGGAUUCCCAGCUGCUGCAGAUCUUUUUCAACAUCAUCCAUCUAAGCCUAGUUCUGCCUUUGAAUCUGGGGUUUUGGUGGUGCAACCUCUUCACUCCUCUGUCAUUUGGCAAUCUUUCUGAGUGUCUUGCCCAUCGUAGCCUCUCCUUCUUUUUUUCUGCUACUACCGUGGAAUCCUGUUAUAAACUUGACAAUUCCUGUUUGGUUGCAUCCAUAUUCAUCCUUUGUUGGCCCAUAUAUUUUCCUGAGAACUUUCCUCUCCCAUGUUUUCUGCUGGUUUUUGUUAGGGUCCAAGUUUCACUUUCUUAUUUCAUUCAAAUCUUCUUUUUCCUCGUAUGACUUCUUGCAUUAUCUUUUUAGCAUUUUUAAAAACUAAUUCAUGUUACUUUUUCAUUUAAGAUUUCAGAAUUGAUUUCUAGUUUUAUUUAAUUUUGGUAAAGUUUAGCAAGACUUUUAAGCAUUUUAACAAAUAUCUUAAAUAAGGUGCUGAUGUCAACAUGGAGGACCACAAUGGCAACACAGCUUUAACCAUUGCCGAGAGAUUCGGAAGCAAAGUUUGUUCUAGAAACUUGUUCCAAUUCCAGUGGCAAGAGAGAGCAAAGCGUAUUAAACCAUCAAAAAAUGUGAGCAUGGAAAUGCCUUAAGAAAUUGUAUUGUUUCUUAAACAAUUACCUGUUCUCACAAAAUAAGACUGAGCUGGGUACAGUUUUUGUCUGGGUACCGGGUCAGGGUAUUUUGAGACUUUACCUGUCAGAUCUGGGUCAGGGUAUUACAAAUCAGGAAUUAUUUUUAUAAAAAUGAGUAAUGUGUUCCACCCAAUGAAGGAAAAGUGAAGACUGCAAGUAUAGAACCAGUGGCGACCACGAAUGCAUCAAAGUUGAAAGCUUUAUAACACUAAAAUAGUACAUAAUCUUAACAUAAUGAACAUUUAAAAAAAUCAUGAAGUAGAUCUGCGAGAUAUACAUGAAUCACACCCUAAUAGAAAAUGUAAAUAUGUUUACAAUAUUUGCAUUUAAAUUGUAAAGAUAUUUGUCACAGAGAUAAGUUGAGUUAAGGGAGUUAAGAGAGGUGAGAAUUAGGACUUAGAACUUAUAGAGUAUGGAACUUGGAAAAGACGGACCAAUCAGAAAGGAGAAGAUAUGGAGAGAAUCAUGGCGGUUGUUAUAAGUUUAAGUCCAUGAUAUCAAUAUAUUAAUUAGUAAGAUAAUGAAUAGGUUAUAAGUAUGAUAAGUAUUCUUUAUGUGUGAUUAUGAUUACUUAUUUGUGAGUGUGUAUUUAUAAUAAAUGAUAGUCACUAUCUUUCACUGAACUCCACAACGCCUCUGUUGUUCAUAGAUAGAUAAUAUAUAGUAUAGUUAGUAAUUAAUAUAAGCAUUGUGUGAUCUGUGUGCACUGUAAGUGAAUAUAGACGUGACAAUAUGAAAUUUUAGAUAUGAAUUAGUAAAUAGUCAAAUUAGUUGUUUUUCUUGUACAGUAUACACACAUUUUUCUCCUGUAGGUGCCAUUGUUUGCACAUCAGUACCAUGACUCAAGUUUCCCUGUCUGGAAAAGAGGAAAAUCUGCCCAGAUUUAUGUGUCUAAGAUUUUAAAACCAGGAGAAUUUGAAGGGACAGCACUCAGUGCUCCAAAAAGUGGUAGACAUCCUAGUCUCGCUCACAAGCAAAUCCGAGAUGCCACAUUUUUCAGUGACUCACAAGACAGCACUUCGGUGGAUAUGGAAAGUUUCCCAGAUGGUAAAGCCAUUAAAGAUUUGACUUGACUAAGAUUUAUGACAUUGAUAAUGUUAAGCUUUUGGUACAAUGACUCACAUAUAAACAUUUCUUAGAAGUAAUUAGCUUACUUGAGAUCAGUAAAAGUAUAAGUAAAAGGAAAAAAAUGUAUUGAAUCUAUGAAAAGAGAAGUGACAGAAAGAUUUGGAUGGUGUGAUGGGUUUUCAGUGGAACAAUUCAACUUUGGCUCAAUAACUGAAUAUAGGAUAUGCGACCAAAUCUUAUAGAAAGACAAUUUCAUAUAAUUGAUUCUCACACUUCUUUCAAUUUUAUCUUUUGUUUCAGUUCACAAACCAUCCAUCCCUGUGGCGCUACAGCCCAUGUAGGGCUUUGGCCUGCCUCACCACUUCCUUCCACUCAGACCUAACUAAUGCCUAUCUUUUCCAUGCUUGGACUUACAACUGCUGCAGAUCUUUUUCUACAUCAUCUAUCCACCUAAGCCUAGGUCUGCCUUUGAGCCUUUUUCCUCUGGGGUAUUGGUGAUGCACCUUCUUCGUUCCUCUGUCAUUUGGCAUUCUCUCUAGGUGUCCUGCCCAGCGUAGCCUGCCUCUCUUUAUUUCUGCCACUAUCGUGGGAUCCUGGUAAAGACUGUAUAAUUCCUGGUUGGUUUGUAUUCUCCAUCCAUAUUCAUCCUUUGUUGGCCCGUAUAUUUGCCUGAGAACUUUCCUCUCCCAUGUGUUUAAUAGGUUUUCUGCUGUUUUUGUUAGGGUCCAACUCUCCCUUGCAUAUGUUACAACUGGUCUGAUCACAGUUUUAUAAAUAGUUUUCUUUGUUUCUCUUGUAAUGUUUUUACUUUUGAGUAUUUCCUGAUACUGAAGUAUGCCCUGUUUCUGGCUGAUAGUCUUUCUUGUAUUUCUGUUAGUAAUUCGUUUCUUUCAUUUAACAAAGAUCCUAGGUAUUUGAAUUAAUUUACUUUUUCAAAAGUUUGGUUUCUAAUUUUAAUUGUUUCAUCUGUUUGUGCCUCUCUUAUAAUGAUCAUGUAUUUUGUUUUUUGGUUAACUUCCAACCCUGCUUGUAGAUAUGCGUCUUCUAAUUCAAUAAAGGAUUUUGAUACGUCUUUAAUACUUUUCCCUAGAAGUGCUAUGUCAUCAGCAUGUGCAAGAUACUGGAGUGGUUUGUUGUAGAGUGUGCCCGUUGGUUGUGGGCCUUGAGUUUCCCUCAGAAAGUAUCCUGUUAUCGUUCCUCGAGUGUCAAUGUGUAUGUUUCUAAUAACUAUCUCUAAUGUUAGGUUAAAGAGCAUACAAAACAGUGAGUCUCCCUCUCCAACAUCUGUUCUUAAAUUUUUUAAAACUUUAAUCAAUGUAUAUUUGUUUCAUUGCCAUGAAAAAGUCAUGUGAUCACCAGUUCACACAGUACACAAUCACCAGUUUGUGAAAUGUAACUCAAUGAUUUAUUUCAGAUUCAGGGACAUUGCCCCCCAUAGGCAGGACUAACAAGAAAACAGUGUAAGUGUACUCAAACUAUAACAAACAGUGUGGUGUACUCAAACUAUAACACUGUUGUGUAUUUCCUUUUAUAUUGGUAGUUGUUUAUUCACUGAUUGUGUUUAGGACGGCACAAAGUGUUUUGGGGGUGUUGUGUAACCCAUUAUGAAUACACAGAGUGUAACAUAAUGAUUAAUGACUUUAUUGGUCUGAAAAGGAUUUUGUAAAUUAUUUGUACAAAUUAUCUUAUGAAGACUCUUUAACUCCUAGACAACAGCUUUUACAGUCGUUUUACCUCUAUACUAUUAGUGUUUGACAACAAUGAUUGUGGGCACUGGGAUUAUCACACUUGAACACUCACUGAUGGUAGCAAAUAUUUAUUUAUACUACAGACGUAAUUUAGCUGCGAGUAGGUUUAACAUUAACUGAAUAAUGAAUUGGUUUCAUAGAUAUUUAAAAAUGUAAACCUUUUUAGAAUGAAGAAACCGUUGUCUUAUGAGGAGUGGGUAGGAAAACAGAAAGAAAUUCAGAAGAAGAUUAUGGCUGAAAACAAAAAAAAGGCAGAGGAAGAAAUGCAGAGGAAACUGGAAGAAGAGGAAAAGUGAGUAGACUAAACUUUUCAGAUAAUAAAAAAUAUAAUUCAUAUUGUGUUCAUUUAAAUGUAAAAUAUUUAUACAAUGUUAUUAAAGUUAUUUAUAGGUUAAAGUUUAGCCUGCUCAAAUAAGUUAAAUUAUAAUAAGCCUUACAAUAGAUAAACUUUUCUUUUUAAAUAUCAAAGGCAAAAAGAAGAAAAUGAAAAGCUCGGCUAUGAGAUGUGGCUGGCUGAAAGAGAACAGGAGAAACUGGAGAAGUCCCCACGUCAUUCUUUGCCUUACAAGAACCAGCCUAAUGUUCCUGAUGGCAGGUCUCUGCUUCCUGUUCACCAAGACGGUGCUUUACGACUGUAUCUGCGGAGCUUAGGCAAAUCAAAAUCAGGUGUGAACUAUGAGGACUGGUUAAAUGAAAAAGAGAAUGAAAUCAACCAGUUAGUGAAGCAUCUUCAUACCUCUGUGUAGAUGUAGCAAUUAAGCUGUUCAAAAUAACCAUUUGAAGUUUUGUAAUGGCUUGGAUACACUUGAACAAAGAGGUUUUGUAAAAAGAUGUGUUUGGGCGAAAUUAUGCAAUUUUGAACAGAUUGUUUACAAGAGUAAGCAUCUGCUUUAAAUCCAAAAGAAAUGAUGAAAAAUAAUGCUGUUUUACUGUGAUAUCUGUAAACAUGUUUAAAAAAAAGGAAUUGUAGCAAAAAGGUGUUUGAAUUAUUUGCAAAUUUUGCAUUUCACCAAAUAUGGAGCUAUUUUGUUGUCUUUUUUUAAAACCCUUAACAUAUCUUGUUCCAUUAUUUAUUUAUUAUGUUAAAAUUUUAUUUCCAAUGUAAACAAAUGUUGGCACUGUGAAGGUAAAUUGUAGUAGUUCCUUGAACGUGUAAAUCGAAUGUACAUUUCAUAAAAUGUUUAAUUCAGUAUUAUGGAAUAAAUAUUGAACACAC